CCUACUAGAUAUAUCUUCCUCUGUAUAGCAUUAUCGUCCCCCAACUGCAGCCCAUCCGUUGCACUGCAACGGUAGAGCUUCCCUUCCGUUAUCCCAGGGCUCCUCUGGUAUAUAUAGCUAUGUCACUCCCACUUUUCUGCCAGACUCACAAAUUCGAGGUACUUGGGGGAUUUGACGCCCCUUCCCGCUCGAUAAAAUCUCGCUUCAUAUGCGUCAACAAUGUUCUCCUUCGGCUUGUUCAAUGUCCUCUAGGCUUUGUUUUCCUGCCCAGUCUUUUCUUUUCCCGCUUCCUAAACACUCGCCGCCUCAAGCUGAUGUUAACCGGCGACAAGGGCAACACAAUAUGAAUAUGUCCACUUAUGAUGUUUGGCUCGCCUCGAGGAAAAUACCUGGCGAUGAAAAUGGCUCGCUACUUGUUUCUGGAGGACAGCGGCAUCUAACGAAGGCGAAUGUGAAUCUGGCAUAUGUUGUACUGACGCGAUGUACAUUCGGGUUUCUCGGAAAAAUUUGGAGUCACCACCCUUGUCGGUCGGCUAUGCUCGUCGGGUUUAAUAUUGUUCGGAGUCUGUUCCCGGCCUUUCGCGGUUAUUCGCAGGCCCUCAUCAUAGACGAGGUGCAAGCACUAAUUGCUUCGGGGGAAUGGACUUGGUCUCGUCUUCUGAGCUUAGCGGGUACAGAGUUAGUUCGGCGAUAUUUGGAGGGGUUUAUGGAAUCUGUUGCUUUCCACAAUGAAAACCUUGUUAUGGGUUCUGCCAGAUUUUUUGUGGAAACGGAACAAAUGAAGCAGCGCGUGCGUCUGGACGUCCCUACCUUGGCAGAUCCAGAGAUUCGUGAUCUCCUUCACGAAUCCGAUCUAUUUGCUCGGUCGUUCCACGGCGGGGGUUUCGGGGCAUUGUCCCCUUUGGAUUUUUUCCAAGUCUUCUGCACAUUCACCGAAAUAUUAUCCCACCUGUUCCUGAUCGCCUCGAUGACGACUACGGUAGCUCACUUUGGGAUCCUUAUUUUCUCACUCUGUUCUGUCGCACUCCCAGCAUUUUUUUCUCGUGUCCAUCUAUUCUCCAAAGACACCUCCGAUACCUUUUACGCACCGCGUGAGUCACGAGCGACCGACAGAAGAGAAAGGAUGCGCAAUCUGGCUUAUAGCGAAUGCCAUCAUCCAGAAGUCCUUUUAUUUGGGAUGGAGGACUGGAUUAUCAAGUCUUGGGCAAGCGCCUGGAAGGUUGUCUUUGAUUCCGAGCGAUCGCAAUCGACAUCUCAGUUCUCCGUGCUCUCUGGGGUCAAUUUCUCCGAUUUUGCCUCUGUACUACAUAACAUCCCAAUUUUUCUGCUCGUCCAAUCAUCCUCCGCCUCCCUUGGGUCUCUCACCUUGUAUCGCAGCUCUUUCCAAUCGGUGAUUUUUGGGUUCGGAAAUCUGUUCAGAACCACUCGGAUGGUCUUCCAGUCCAUCUUUCUGAUGGCGGCCUUCUGCGCAAGCACAGAAAUCAAGCCCAAAUUGUCACCCCCGUCCGAGCGACAGGUCGAAUAUCAGUCGGUCCGCGGGGGUGCUCGUAUUCAGGCCAAGAACCUUUCAUAUACUUAUCCAGGGUGUGAUGAGCCCGCUUUAAGGAACGUUAAUUUUACUCUCCAACCCGGAGAAGCUCUGGCGGUGGUUGGGUAUAACGGCUCAGGAAAAUCAACAUUGGCCAAGGUCCUGUUACGAAUCUUCGAUUUUGACGGCCAGUUGCACGUCAAUGACGUUGACAUCCGGCGAUAUGACCCAGCCGACUAUCAUAAACACACGACAGCGGUCUUUCAGAAUUUCUCCAAAUAUAAUUCCACCGUUCGGGAAAACGUUGGUCUCGGCUGUGUCGAGUCACUUUCGCGUCGUUCAGUAGUCAAGGCCGCAGUCCAUCUAGCGCAAGCGGAUACAAUAGUCGAUGCAUUGCCUCAGGGUCUGCAGACCAUGCUCGAGUCUCCCGGAUUUGAAACGGUCUCAUAUCCUGGCAUGCCCCAAUCGCAAUCAAGUCGACGUCACGGACUUUCGGGUGGUGAAUGGCAAAGGAUUGCCCUAGCACGGGCCUUCAUGAGAGCGGAGAAUCCCGAGGUAGACUUACUCGUCUUUGAUGAACCGACGUCAUCUCUAGAUCCCCACGCCCAAACUCAGAUUUUUGACACAAUACACCGAAUAUCCCGUUCCCCCGACGGUUCUCGACUAAAGACCGUGAUCUUUAUUACUCACCGUCUAUCUACGGCUCGCCGUGCAGACAAGGUCGCCAUGAUGGAAAAUGGGACAAUUUCCGAGUUUGGUACACACGAAGAGUUAUUACAGCGGAAAGGAGCAUAUGCUUCUCUCUAUAAUCAAUCGAUAUAG